AUGACCGACUCAACUACAUUCCACCGGCGGAGGAUACUCCUGGUGUCGACAGUCGGCGGCUUCACCCACGCAGCCCCGAUUCUCGAGCUCGGCGCUGUUCUCGCCGCCCGCGGACAUGAGGUCCAUUUCGGCACUAACUCCGGCCAGGAGCAAUGGGCAUCGACAUACCCGUCCGUCUCGCGCGUCCACAGCUUCGGCCCCGCCCUUCCGGAUGGCGAGGCCAGGCUGCACUACACCCGCAUGACAAAAUGGCGGCCCAGUGACGGCAUCGGCUCCAUAAUGGAAUCCAAGUACCUGUUCGACUCGUAUUGGCCCGACACCUACUUCCACUUGCGCGAGCUCGUGCUGGACCCGGCCACGAAGCCGGAUAUGAUUAUCGCCGAUUUCUUCGUUGACGCCGCGGCAAAGGACAUGAUGAUUGAGUUCGGAGUGCCUAUUGCCGUCAUGUGGCCGCAGAUGCCUUACCUUCUGGCACCCGUGAGUUACAUUCCUGGCCAGUCUGGCUUUCAGGUCGACUUUACACCAACAUCGGAGAAUGCUUCGAUGUGGUCUCGCAUCAGGAAUGAGAUGGUGAUGUUUUGGGCCUUGCCGCACAUCACGGCAUGGCUAUGGUGGACGAAGAAGAUGCGGAAGCAGCACGGCGUGAAACAUCCGCUCCCGCUUGCUACAAAGCCGGGCCAUCUCGUCUUUGUCAACUCGUUUUUUGGACUGGAGCCUCCCAAGGACCUGCCACCUCUAAUGGCUGCCGUGGGGCCGAUCCUCAGUGAUGAAUACCCCCAGCUCGAGGAUAAGUUCAAGACGUUUCUCGAAUUCCACGACAAGACAAUCUACAUCGCCCUAGGGACUCACGUCGUUCUCCCAAACGAAGACUUGGGCAAGCUAAUUCGAGGUCUCAUCUUGGCCUUGGACGAAGGACACAUUAAUGGUGUGAUCUGGUCCAUAGGGUCGGCGGGGAGAAGGGAUUCCGACCGCACGGCAUCUUUCAACCGGGCGGAUGGCAGCACUCUGACCGUCGGCGACAUCUUCGAUGAGAAACACGCCGACUUCCUUGCCCCAACCUUUGCUCCUCAGCGGGCCAUCCUCGAACAUGUACACACCAGAGUGUACCUUACCCACGGAGGCGGUUCCAGUGCCAACGAGACCCUCUUUCAUGGAACCCCCGUACUCGUCAUGGGCUUUUUCUUCGACCAGCUCUCCAACAGCUCACGCCUUGUUGAGGCCGGGGUCGGCCUAGCCAUGGACAAGUUCGACUUCAGACCCGAUGAGAUUGCCACCAAAAUCGCUCGGAUCGUGACUGAUCCCGACAACUCAGUUGGUAGGAACGUCGAACGCAUGAAGAGGAUAGCGCACGUUGCCUCGCGCCGCAAGUAUCUUGCCGCAGAUUUGGUCGAAGAAGUCAUCCACGAUCAUGAGUUGCGCUUCAAAGACGGCAAAGAGCUCCGGCCGAUGCACUUGCAGACGGCUGAUAUGAGGAUGCCAUUAUGGAAGGCGAAGAACUGGGAUCUCUGGGCUGCAUCAUUGUCCAUGGCUGCUGUGGGUAGCACGGUCUGUUUUUUGGGGGUAAAGUAUGCCCGACAGCUGGAUUUUGGCUUCUUCAAGUCUGCUGCGGACAUCUUGCGGCAGUUAAAGCUCAAGUAA